AUGCCCCCUCCACCUCCGCCGCCGCCGCCGAUGCCUGCGAUGGGCGGCCCUCCUCCGCCUCCCCCGCCGCCAGGAGGUCCUCCUGGAGCUGGCAAUCUACCUUCGAGACCACCGGGAGGCAGAGGCGCUCUACUCUCCGACAUCACAAAAGGCAAGGCUCUCAAGAAAGCCGUUACGAACGAUAGAUCUGCGCCGGUAGUUGGGGGUUCGUCUGGUGGCGUUUCCUCCGGAGGACCGCCUCUAGGAGGUGCGCCUCCGGUCCCAGGCUUUGGUGGUGCCCCUAAACCUCCCGGUGGCCUCGCUCCUCCGGUGCCCGGAAAUCGAGCUAGAAGCAAUAGCGACCAGAGCGGGCGAGAAAGCGCGCCUGCACCGCCCACACAGGCAGCACCACAAUUAGGGGGACUCUUUGCGGGAGGCAUGCCGAAGCUGCGGAAGACUCGUGGCGCCGUUGAUACCGGUGCUUCUAUGGACUCGUCAUAUCUGUCGGAUCCCGAGAGCAAUGUGCGGUCGUCCUCUGCGCCGAAGCCGCCCACAUUCGGAGCACCAAAACCUCCUGGCGGUGCGGCGCCGGCCCCGCCGGGAAGGCCGCCUUUACCUCCUCCCAACGCCGCACCGGCCCUGCCACCAUCCAUUGCCAACUUGCGCAAGACGCCCAGCGAUCUACCUCGGCCAGGCUCUUCAGCAUCGAUGAAAGGACCUCCGCCCCCUAUAGGCAAGAAGCCGCCGCCACUGCCAGCAUCCCGGAAGCCCUCGACUACGCCCAGCCACCCGCCUCCAUUACCUGGAUCGCCAGCUCCAGGAGCACCCCCUCCACCACCUCCAUCGUCUGCUCCAGCACUUCCGUCCGCACCCCCCUCGGCGCCGCCACCACCCCCUGCUGCUGCCGCUCCCAGAGCUCCAGCGCCAUCGCCUCCGUCGAGGUCCCCAGCACCUCCACCUCCUCCACCGGCCUCAAACGGACCUUCGCCGCUGGCAAUGCAAGCCGCUUUACGAGCAGCCGGCCAGGCAUCUCCAAGUGCUGCUCCACCGCCUCCCCCAUCGGCGGCCCCCUCGCCCCCCGCCUCUGCACCUCCUCCACCAGCAGCACCCCCUACGAGGGCCCGUGCUGGUUCUGGUCUACGAUCUUCUAUGCUAGAUCCAAGCGCCUUCACGCUUGCUCCCAAUGGUGCAAAGAGUCCAAGUCCUACUCGAACGAACACGAUGAGCAGUCUCAAUGUCGGCGGUGGUGGUCAACGAUACAUCGUACAAGAUCCUCGAUGGAAGUUCCAGGAUGAUGCCAUGUUGCCAAAGCCAAGGGACUUUGUAGGCGGUCCCCGGCGAUACAGAGCCGGCAGAGGUAGCAGUGUUCCUCUUGAUCUCAGCGCCCUAUAA